AAUGAUAACUUUUGUUUUUCUCUUGUUUACUACCUCUUGAAUCCCCAGGAAAGCGCGAAAAUCGAACCACUGUCAAAUAGGGCAUUCUCUGUUACCUCUUACAUGAAGUGGGGUAUUGCCAAUUGCAUUAUGGUAUAGAAUUUUAGCUGUGGGAGCAUUGGAGGUCGGAGUAUAGACAUAUAGGAAUAUUUUUGGUUGAAUAUGGCUGGGAAAAGGCAUAGAAGUCGUUUCAGAAAAACACGGAAAGGAAAAGGGUUUAGUGGGGUUCCUUGGUACGCAAAAUCGGUGGAAAAACCAGUGUUGGAAGAGGAUGAAAUUGCUCGCUCAAAACCGGAGAUGCCCCACGAGAGUCACGAGGAGUUAUUGGAAACAAGUGACAUGGAAGGCUCAGACACGGAGCUUGAUCAACCGGAGAGUGCAUCUAGAAAGAAGAUGAAGCUGUACAACUCCGAAGAUGACAGUUCUGAAAGCUCAGAAAGCGAAACAGAAACUAAGAAAACUAAAUUAGUGGAGGCAGAGGAUGGUUACAGACUGGUCCAUUUGAAGAACUUAUCUUCAGUCCUUUCCAAUGUGCACAGAUGCGAGGAAGGGAAUCUGACUAUUGAAGAGAACACUGGUAGGCGUGCAGGGCUGAUGUCUGAUCUUUCCAUAUGCUGUGAUGGUUGUGAUGAAGACACCACAUUACACACCUCAGUCAACAUCUCCAAAAGAGGAAGGUCAUUUGACGUAAACAGAGGGGCUGUCUACCACUCAAUUGAGACUGGUUGUGGUUACGAAGGACUUGCAUCAUUCUGCA